GAGCUGAAGAAAGACCCGGGCAUACCCCGUCUCCCUGAUCUCAAGAUACGCAAUGCCGAAAAACAGCGCACCCACGCGCCUCCCCCGUACCUAAAAGACCCAGACGCGACGAUGGCGUCCGAGCCGACGCUCUCCUCCCUCGCCCUCCUCGCCGCCGCCUCGUCCGCCGACCCGUCCUCCCAAUUCGACGACCCGUCCGCCGCCGGGCCGCAGCAAAAAACGAAGGAGCAGCUGCGCAGGUUCUACGUCCGCGCGCUCCACAAGGUCAUUGACGAGAGCGACGUCAUCGUCCUCGUUCUCGACGCCCGAGACCCAGAGGGCUGCAGGAGCAGGCUCGUGGAAGAGGAGGUCAGGAGGCGCGAGGCGGAGGGCAAGAAGCUCGUUUUCGUCCUGAACAAAAUCGAUCUCGUGCCCCGACAAAACGCGCUCAAUUGGCUGCGCUACCUCCGCCAUACCACCCCCACUCUCCCCUUCCGCUCGUCCACGUCCCAUCAGCGCUCGAACCUCUCCUCGUCGACUGCUCCCGCCCUUAUGAGGAUACUCAAGGCCUACAAGCCUAGCGCGGCGCAGAGCGUCACCGUCGGCGUCGUCGGCUAUCCCAAUGUCGGAAAAAGCAGUCUCAUCAACACGCUGAAGAGAUCGAAGGUCUGUGCAGUGGCUUCGCAGCCGGGUCAUACGAAAGAUCUCCAACACGUUCAACUCGAACGCGGCCUGCGCAUCGUCGACUCUCCAGGUGUCAUCUUCGACGACGAUGUCGACGACGGCAAAGGAAACAGCAAGGGCAGCGUCCUGCUUCGCAACGUGAUCCGAGUGGAAGACAUCCAGGAUCCUGUCGAAGUCGUGGAAGCCGUGCUCGCGCGGACAGAGCCCGAGAAGAUGCAGAAGAUCUACGGCCUGCCCGAGUUCGGCUCCGCGCUCGAGUUCCUGACGAUGCUGGCGCUGAGCACGGGCAAGCUCCUCAAGGGCGGCACGCCCGACAUCCUCGCCGCCGCGCGCCAAGUCCUGACCGACUGGAACCACCAAAAAAUCCCCUUCUUCUCCGUCCCGCCGACCGUCCACCCGUCGCAGAUCCCGUCGAUGAUCUCGUCCGCAUCAGGCCCGGGACAGAUCGCACCUGGCGCCGAGACCGUCGGCCAGGCGCAGAUCCUGUCGGCGCUCGGCCAAGCGUUCACGCUCGAGGGCCUGUUCGGCGAGGCGGAC